CCGCUCUAGAGAUAUGAGCACGAAAAGCACAAUUUGAAUUCCUACCUGCAUCGCUGACAAGUAUUAGAGCGGCUUCGAAAAUAUGAUAUUUCUCGAUGACCAUUCGAAUCUAGACGUUCCCUCAUUAUUCACAUCGGAUUAGACAAUCUCUGAUGCGUCUUAUGCAUUGAAUUAUCGUCACCGAGGCACGAGCGGUGAAGGGCAAAGCGGCGCGGCCAAAGCCGCCAACUCGUUAAGCUGCUUACCAAUAUAGGUUUAGCGCAAUACUUACGCAGUGAUACAAAACUCGCUUCCCACCCCACAUAGUUGAUCAUCUCUUUACAUCUCGAAGACGUCUCGUCGACGAUUCAUCCGGGCUUCAUGCAGACGCAACGCUGUUUCCGGAUAAAAUUUCUCCUCUUUAACUCCAGAGAUGUCCGAAACAUCCGAUACUUGUAUCGUUUGCUUAGGUGAUCUUGAAGCUGAGCGGGAUGAACUCCCGCCGCUCGCCGCUCGUAUCAGCUCCCCUAGCUCAGAUGAAGCAGUUCCCCCUAAGGCAAAGGUUGCUUCUCCUCAGCAAGGCGAACGCGUUCUUAUUGCUCAUCUUCUCCCUUGCGGACACAACCUUCAUGAUGAGUGCCUAAGACCAUGGGUGGAACGAGCGAACAGUUGUCCAAUAUGUCGUCGGAGCUUCAAUUCCGUUGAACUUGUUCAAACAGUUGGAGGCCCUGUGAUAUCGUCAUAUCCCGUUCAGGACCGUACUCAAGUGGCGGAGAUUGACCCGUCGAUGCUUAUUGAGGAAGAAGACGAUUCCGAUUCAGCUCCUUGUAUCGUUUGCGGUGAUGACAGCGAGGAAGAACUGCUUCUGCUUUGUGAUGCCUGCAGCAAUGCCUGCCAUACAUAUUGUGCUGGUUUGGGACGUGAAGUUCCCGCGGGUCACUGGUACUGCGAGCCUUGUGCUAUAUCGCGAGCUAUUGCAGAAUCUGAUCCGGGAGUCUCUCCUACUCGAAGCGCCCAUCAUCCUGCAGAUCGCCGAACCAUCGGCCAGCGAAGACGGUUUCGAAACAGAAAUCAGAUUACCUCCUCAAGUUGGGCUCGGGUCUGGCAAUCUGUUUGGGACAGAUUAAAUAUUGAUCUCGAUUUCCCAUUUGACGAUGUGCACCAUUCUAGUUCUCGUCGUGCGAGAGAAAGAGAACAGGAGCGUGAGUUUCGAGAAUGGGAACGUCGACUACGUGUAGCGGAAAGGCAAGGAGGUGCUGCUCGAUUCCGCGACACAGCAAACACGCUUCUCGAGAUUCGGGGUGGCCGACCGCGACCCGAACCUCCAGAGCCCGAGUCUCAGGACGAGCUACGUGCUUGGAAUGCUUUUGAAAAGGCCAAGGAAAUCCAAACUACACCAUCUUCUGCUGGUCGAAAUCCAGCAAGUCGAAAGCGAAAGUCAGCGACUGCAUCGCCUGCGGAGCCAGAUCCUGUCCCUGAGCCGGAACGAAAACUUAAGAGACCUCGAACGCGUCGCAACCAGGAACUCAACGAAGCCUUUCAAGACACUGCUGGAGAAGGAUCCAGUUCUGGACGACGUCCAGGCGAACACCAUGUGCCGGCUGGUCAGACUACCAGAACAGGAUCCGAGGCGAAUGGGAGUGGACCGAGCUUCUUGCAGUCGCUCUUGAAAGAAGUUGAAAGCUCAUCAGCACCUAACGAGGAGAGUUCAUUUCGUGCCGGACAAUGGCCUGCUGCGAAUAACGACCAUGCAUCUCCUCGCAUCUCCUCGCCUGGGGCUUCACCGACUGGCUCCAACCACCCGUCACCCCGGGCACUCUCAGCUACUCCUCCGCCAUUUCCGAAUACAAGACCUGGUUCUCCGCUCCCCUUGACUUCGAAGAUUGAGCCAGUCUUUAUUCCUGCCGAAUUUUCUCCGCCGCGCUUGCCCCCUCUCGAUGGUUCAGGCUCAAACCAUGAAACGUCCACUGAUCGAUCACGCGGCAAGGUCCGUCCCUCCCGCCCCGCGCCAGCCUCAUCCCCACCUUCUAGCCCAUCUCGCUCAAAAGAUGGCUCUCCCACUCGACCAGCGAUCUCGCUAUCGGCAAAGGCCGACUUACAAAAGAUGGUCAGCGCGGCGCUUAAACCUCACUACCACAAGAACGAGAUAUCAAAGGACCAAUUCACCGACAUAAAUCGGAAUAUAUCUCGGAUGCUGUAUGACAAAGCUGGAGAUGUGUCCUUUCUUGAUCAAGAGGCCCGCGAUAGUUGGAAAAAGGUUGCAACCGAGGAAGUAUCGAAGGCAGUGGAGGCAUUGCAAUCGACAGAAUAGAAACCAUGGAGUUUUGUUCGGAAAGCUUUUCCAUAUUUAUACCUACACUGCACAGCAUCGACGAUUAUUUCAGCGCAUAGUCUAGCAUUACGGGUUGAUUUUUCAUAGGACGUCUCUCGGGUUAUUUUGAUGGACAAGGAUUGGAAUUUUGUGCAUGGCUGUCCAAGGCUUUGGGUUGAUAUACAUAUACCAUGGCGUUU